UAAUUUAGAAUAAAAGAAACGCAAAUCUUAUCUUCUCUCUAUCUCGUUCAUUUCAUUUGCCUCAACAACGUGAAACAUUAAAAUGAAAAUGAAAAUAAAAAUAAAUAGGAAAAAGCCAAACGGAAUUUGGAGCCGUGAGACUGAGCACACAGCAAGACGCAAGUGAAGUGAAGUGAAGUCGGCAAGAAAGAGGAAAAAAAGAAAAAAGAAAAAGAAAAAGAAAAUGUAGAAAAGAGAAGAAAAAAUAAUAAAAAAAAGGAAUUUAUAUUUAAUCCGAAUCCGAUAGUAGAAGUUGUAGCGGUCAAGCCGAGCCGAUCCGAUGACGCGAGCCACUCACAGACUGGGGUUCCCCCAACAACACGCGCCCCUCCCCGGCGACCGUACCGUAUUAUCCCACUCUUUCGCCUUGCCGUUUCGCUUUCUCUCUCAUCCUCUUCUUUCUAACUCUCUCUUUCUCUCUCUUCUCCAACCCUAAUCCCAUGCCGGACUUCCACGACUCUCUCGCGCCGCCGCCGCCGCCGUCGCGCCCCGUCCCCGUCCGCGAGGACUGCUGGUCCGAGGAUGCCUCCUCCACUCUCGUCGACGCCUGGGGCCGCCGCUACCUCGAGCUCAACCGCGGCAACCUCCGCCAGAAGGACUGGCAGGACGUCGCCGACGCCGUCAACGCGCUCCACGGCCAUACGAAGAAGACCCACCGCACCGACGUCCAGUGCAAGAACCGCAUCGACACCAUUAAGAAGAAGUACAAGAUCGAGAAGGCUAGGGUUUCCUCCUCCAACGGCGCUGUCUCUUCCUCCUGGCCUUUCUUCGACCGCUUAGACGCCCUCAUCGGCCCUAAUUUCACCGCCAAGAAAUCCUCCUCCUCCCCCUCGCCUUCUCCGCCUGUCGCGCUUCCGCUCCUCCCGCAUCGGAAGAACAACCCCUCCCCCCCCGCGAUUGCCGUCCCUCCCACCGCCGUCGCUCUCCCCCAGAAGCGCUCUGCCGCCGCCGCGAUGGACGAGGGCUACUUCCGGAGGAACUACUCCGCUGUGGCUGCUGCUGCCGCUGCGGCCGAGGCUGACGAGGAGGAUGACGAGGAAGAGGAGGAGGAGGAGGAGGAGCCCGAAGAGGAGGAGGUCGAGGAGGAGGAGGAUGAGGGCAGGGGGAGCGAGGUGGAGGAGGGGGAUAAGGAGAGGGAAGGGAUGAGGAGGUUGGCCAGGGCGAUUGAGAGGUUUGGUGAAGUUUACGAGAGAGUGGAGGGGCAGAAGCUCAGGCAGAUGGUGGAUUUAGAGAAACAGAGGAUGCAGUUUGCUAAAGAUCUUGAAGUGCAGAGGAUGCAGAUGUUUAUGGACACACAGGUUCAGCUCGAGAGAAUUAAGCGCGGGAAACGAUCUGGGUCUAACGAUAUGCAUAGCUAGCCAAGUGGGCGAUGGUGCUGGAAAGGCUGUCUUGCUUCUAAUCAUGGAAAAGUACAUAUCUUCAGCUGAUAUACUGUGAUGAGGGAAUAUCUGCAAUAGAAAUUUAUCCUGGAGUAAUUUUGGAUUCUUUUAGCUAGCCUUUAAUUUGUUGUUAUUAGUCCUUAUAAAUUAAUUCAGCAACUGUACUAGGCCUAAUUUGGCUCCGAUAUAGAAUAUGCUCCAAUGUAUAACACUCUUAUGCCAAAUGCCCUCCCUUAUUAUCGCUUUCCAA